AUGGAGCCUGAUAGUAUGUGGUCCUCACUGAUGAGGGCCAAGUAUGGAGCUUUGGUUCCUGGUGUGAGAGCAGCCCGCCACCAUUCUCUGGUGUGGCGGGAGAUGUGUGCCAGAGCAGGGGUGGUCCUAUCGAAGAUUAGAUGGGCUAUUGGUGAUGGUCGCUCCAUCGAUGUCUUGGAGGAUUGUUGGGUGACUGCUGUGCCGAUCAGCCGUAUGCCGACCAUGGUGGAUUCGGUGCGACUAACGGGCCAGAGGGUCAGUGACCUGUUGGAUCCAGAUGAGGGCGGAUGGAGGGAGGGGCUGUUACGAGAGGUGUUUGGGGUGCAGCUGGCAGAGAUGAUUUUGGGUCUUCCGGUGCCAUUUCAGGGGGAGUCUGACAGGCUGGUCGGGGCGCCGUCGGGCCGAUCACAGGUGCGAGCUAGGGAUCUACAUGCUCUUUUCAGUAGGGAGCCAGCUAGACGGAUUGAGGGAGGUUGGAUCUGGAGGAUGCAGAUUCAUCCACGAGUGGCGCUCUUCAUCUGGAAGGUGGCUUGGGGCUGCCUUCCUACCAGGAGUAUGCUAGUCAGACGGGGCAUGUGGGUCCCUCAGGGGUGCGAGGGACAUCUGGGGUACCCGCAGUGCUGUUUUAGCGUCCAGGUUUGCCGUUGUUUCUUGGAUACCCCCACCCUUGGUUAUCUUAAAGUGAAUUUUGAUGGCAGUGUGGCGACGGACAGGAGGUUGGGAGGAGUUGGAUUUGUUAUCCGAGACCAUUUUGGGAGUUUGGUUGCAGCGGGAGGGCGGGGCUCGACAGGUCUCACGGUUGCUGGGGCAGAGCUGUAG